CACCUUCCUCAGUUAUCUCUCUUUUUGCUUCCUUUCAUGUAGGCAUCUUUACACCAUGCUCUUUCUUCUGUUUCUACCACGAUUUCUAUCUCUCAGAUCCAGCAUCUUCGAAUUCAGCAGAAUGAUUUCUUGAUUAUAAACCCAUCAAGAUUUUGCGAUUUCUUUCUUAUAUUUUACUCUACUUCCAUUCUUUCCAGAAAAAAAGGAAGUCUUGCUUUUCUACUAAACCAGUAACAUGGGUUUUCAAAACUAUUGGCGACCACAUUAAACCCUAUAAACCAUAAUAGAAAUAGACUAGAAUAGAGUUUGGUGUAGAAAUGUUCAACUAUAGUUUGAAAUUUCUGGAUUUUAACUACAAAUCAAUGCACAUCUCUUCUUUUGGCAAGAGGGUGGUUUGCUAUUGCUAUUUGGAGGACUAAAAUGUCUUCAAUUUCUCGUCUUCCAGGUUAAAUUUGUCGAACCCACUUCUAUUUCUACUUCUUUUAGAACAAAAAGUUGAUUUUUAUAAAGAAGGUGGCUUGGGGGAUACAACAAGAUUUGGGUUUGUGGAGAUGUGUCGGUUAGAAUUUAACUGAGAUGAAGAACAAUCAGUCAGUAACUAUAUAUAAGAAGGCCAUGCAGGAGUCCAAGAACAUUCCAGAAAUACAGCCCUUGACCACCCAAGUUUCACACGAGUCUCAAAGUGACCAGCUUAAUAAUGCAACAGAGGCUCCUGUUCCUGACUCUGGUUCAGCCUCCAUUUCGAGCAAUGACAACAGAAAAGUUUCGCGCGAGGAUAUUGAACUUGUCCAGAACUUGAUAGAACGUUGUUUGCAGCUGUACAUGAACAGAGACGAGGUGGUGAAAACGUUACUAAAUCGUGCGAGGAUUGAUCCUGGUUUCACAACUUUAGUUUGGCAGAAAUUGGAAGAAGAAAAUGCAGACUUUUUCAGAGCUUAUUACAUACGGCUGAAACUGAAAAAGCAGAUUAUCAUGUUCAACCAUUUACUUGAACAUCAAUACCAUCUUAUGAAGUAUCCGGUUCAUCCAAAGCUUCCUCUUGCUCCCAUACAAAAUGGCAUCCAUCCCAUGCCAGUUAACAAUUUACCAAUGGGAUACCCUGUUCUACCACAACCUUCGAUGCCAAGUGCAGGUCAACCUCAUAUGAAUGCCAUGGGUAUAUCUACCUGUCAUGUGGUCAACGGAGUGCCUGCUCCAAGUAACUUCCAUCCGAUGCGUAUGAACUCUGGAAAUGAAAGUAUGGGGAUGGACAACAGUGCAGCUGAUGUCACCCCUACUAUUCCAACGAAUGGGGCCAUUUCACCCAUAUCAGAUAUGCCUAUGAGUCCUACGUCAGUGGCGUCCAGCGGCCAUUUCCCAUUUACCACAUCUGAAAUAUCGGGGAUGGGAGUUGACACAUCAGCUCUUGACACAGCUUUUACAUCUGACGUGGCAAGUUCAGUAGGAUUGCAUCUGCCACCUGAUAAUGGAACUUCUAGACCGUUUGGUCAUAUUCCUUGGAAUUUCAGCCUUUCAGAUCUUACAGCCGACUUAUCGAACUUGGGAGAUCUAGGAGCUCUUGGAAACUAUCCUGGUUCCCCCUUUCUGCCAUCCGAUUCAGAUAUAUUACUUGAUUCCCCUGAGCAAGAGGACAUUGUGGAAGAGUUCUUUGCCGACUCUGUUCCUGGACCACCAUGCUCCAAUUCAGACGAAGAGAAAUCCUAGUUUAAGGUUCGUAAACUGCAUCUUUUUCGAGAAACUAUUUGGGAUAGUAACACGAUGAUGUACAAAUAAAAAGUUAACAGAACCCGUUAUUUUAUUUUGUGAGAGAACUUAGUUGGAUAGUGUAUAUCCGACACUAGAAAUUAGGCAAUGCUACUUUUGUCGUAGGUUUAGCUUAUAUCAUGGGCUCUGAACGAUCAUUUCAGAAGCUCGAUAAUAUUUAUUAUGGUUGAAUCUUGUUAUCGUAGCCGCAGCCUAAUUGUUAUUAGCUUC